AUGAACCUCACCAGUAAAGACAUUUUCAAUGCUAAAGCCCUGCUUCGACAAGAAGAUUUGAACAGCCGUAAACCUCUGGAGUCCGUGCUAGAGGAGCUGCAGGAAAAAGGGGUCGUACAUGACUAUGCAAAAGACGAUGAGGGUCCAAUCACACACCUCUUCUUCGCUACGCCAGGUGCUGUUGAUCGAGUUAGAGAGUUUCCCGACGUCGCAUUAAUGGACUUUACGUACAAGACCAUCAGGUUCAAGCUCCCACCCCUCCACGUUGUCGGCAUGACCAGCACCAGUGCUAAAUUCUCCAUAUGA